AGCCUCCACCCCCCCUCACCUCUUACCAUCUGGAGGUGAUCCUGAAGAGGCGACAGCAGCAGACCGAAGUGCUCAGAUCAUCACUGGACCCCAAACCCUGUACAUGGUCCCUUAAAGCGCAGAGAGUGACUCCUUCCCUCCAUCGGCUGCCCCGCUGACCAAUAGGGCAAGAUGGCGCGAGAUAUGUCCGAUAAGGACAUCCUGAAAAUGGAGUUGGAACAACUUCAGAAGGAGGUGAAGACCACUAGAGAGCCUGUCUCUAAAACCGCAAAGGAGAUCUGUGAAUGGGUUGAGGCCAAAGCUGCAGAAGAUCCUCUCAUAAAAGGAGUUCCUGAGGACAAGAACCCCUUCAAGGAGAAGGGUGGAUGCAUAAUAACUUAGCACAUGUGACUUCUUGAGGCAAAAUUAUAAGAGGAUGUUUUAAAUUGUGCAAAUGAGAGCUGUUUAGCAGUCUGUUGUCAGCUUUAGCAUCUCUACUAGAUACCAUAGAGACUGCUAGACUUGAACAAAUACUUGACCUUACUUACAAAAUCAAAAAGUAUUGGUUUUGGCUGUGUUUGUCUAUUCUUAUACUGAUGAUUGAGAAUGCCUUUGUAAAUAAAAUGGACAGCUUUGGAAAUGAGCUACUAUAAAUCCAUUCUGGUUACAUUUCUCAUCACUCCAUCUCCAAAAAAUAAAGUCGCAUUCAGAAAACA